GUCUUGCACAGGUAUACCGGCUUCUCCCCUUCAGUCUUGCACAGGUAUACCGGCUCCUCCCCUUCAGUCUUGCACAGGUAUACCGGCUCCUCCCCUUCAGUCUUGCACAGGUAUACCGGCUCCUCCCCUUUAGUCUUGCACAGGUGCACUGGCUCCUCCCCUUUAGUCUUGCACAGGUGCACUGGCUCCUCCCCUUUAGUCUUGCACAGGUGCACUGGCUCCUCCCCUUUAGUCUUGCACGGGUAUACCGGCUCCUCCCCUUCAGUCUUGCACGGGUAUACCGGCUCCUCCCCUUCAGUCUUGCUCAGGUGUACCGGCUCCUCCCCUUCAGUCUUGCUCAGGUGUACCGGCUCCUCCCCUUCAGUCUUGUACAGGUGUACCGGCUCCUCCCCUUCAGUCUUGCACAGGUGUACCGGCUCCUCCCCUUCAGUCUUGCACAGGUGUACCGGCUCCUCCCCUUCAGUCUUGCACAGGUGUACCGGCUCCUCUCCUGGACUAGAAUGGCUUCCUCUGAUGUCACUGCACACUGACAUCCAGCAUCAUCUAGCCCUUUCCUCCCCUGGCCCGCCU